AUGGCCGACCUUCUAGAAGACGACCCUUCCUCGGGACUCCAGUCCUCGGAAGAGGAGGAAGAGGAAGAGAUGCAGGUAGAGUCUCUGGUUCAAGGUCGCGCGAAGCGAAGCACCGCAGGUCGAAACAUGUCCGCCCUGAUCGAUGCGGCCGCAGACGACGAUCUCACGCUGCUAUUCGAGGAAGUGGAAGACGAUAAUGAGUUUGCUAUCGAUGCCGAAGCCGCCGAGGAGGAGGAUAUGGGGCUCGAUUCUUCCUCGGACGACGAUGAAGACCAAGGCCCUAAUGCCCAGAACGACUACGAGGGCGAGAAGGAACUGCAAAAGGAGGAGCGGAAGAAGCGACGAGCACAGAACGACCUUCGUUUCCAAACCCUUCGCAAACGAGUCAAAAUCGAUCCUACCGUCGUAUCAUCCGUGCCUGCUCCCCCGCCUCGGCCGAAGAAGAAGUCGGAGCGCAUCUCAUGGCUGCCCACGGUGGAAGAUGGUCCGACUCGAUCCUCCUCGCGUCGACAAACGAUGGUCAACAAGGAGCUUACGCAUGCCCGGUUGAAGGACAGCCAGGAGAAGCGUAUCCGGAUCAUAGCUACGAUGAAGGAGGCCGAGAAGCGGAAAGCCCAUCUCAAGCCAAAGGAGAUGACCCAAGAGGAUCAUCUUGCAGAGGCUGCUAGGGUGGAGCGAACUAACAGCAAGAGUCUUAAUCGCUGGGAGCUAUCGGAGAGGAAAAAGGCAGAGGAACGGAAGGCGAAGAUCGAGGCAUUGCAGAAUCGCCGACUCGAGGGCCCCGUUCUUUCUUACUGGAGUGGAUUGGCUACGUGGGUGGAUGGACGGCUUACGAAGGUGGGCAAAGUCGAGAUCAAAGCGAAGCCCGAGAAAGAGGAACCUCGCAAGAAGAAAAAGGACAAGGAUGAGAAGAAUGCUACGGAGUCGCAAGGUGCACAGAGCGUUACGCCUGCUCCAGUGCCGCCAUUGAACACCGCGGCUCCUGGAGAUGCUUCAACUUUGGCUCCAGCUACAGCGCCUGGCGAGCCCGGAGCUGUCAAGCUGGCCGAAGGGAAGUCAUCGCUAGAGACUCCGGUUCCGACCACUUCAGUACCUGGGAACGCGGCGGUUCCUACAUCCACUCAAGAGCAGCCCAGCAAGCCUGACGAGACCUCUUCUGAGCAACCUGCAACCGCUGAACCACCCGUUGUAACGAACGAGAACAACGAAAAACCGCCGGCUGCCCACUCUAUAGACACAAAGCAAGAGGAGGUCAAGACUGCAGAGCCACCAACCCAAUCCGAACCCGUCAAGUCUUCUGAGGAAAACUCAGAGCCAACUGAGAUUAUCGCGGGUGACCCAUCUGCCUCGUCCACCGAGCAAGCCUCGACAGACAAACCUGCAGAGGCAUCUUCAAUAGAAAAGCCCGAAGCAAGGUCAGAAGACAAGCCAGAUGCGAUGGACAUUGAUAGUGGCUCGGGGGCCGAGCCCAUCAAGGUUGAAUCGCAACCACCCACCGAGCCAAUAGCUCCCGCAGCUGCCGCGCCCGCUGAAACCAGCACCAGCACAGAUGCACAACCAACGCCUGGAGAAGUCCCUCAGACCACCUUGGCGUCAAGCACCACGACACCCGUGACCGAACACGUUUCACCUGUGGCCGCCGCACCCGCACCCACGCCUGCAGACCCUCAAGCCCCUCAAGCUCAAGCCCCUCGGGCGGAUGCAGCCCCCCUGCAAGCCACGCCACCCAAUAUAUCCGGGGCACUAAAUCAAGGUGCCGACCAACCAUCGCAGCAGCAGCAGGGAUUGCAGGCCGACCAACUUCUUCAGCAGUCAACCCAAUCACAAGAGCCGAUCCCCGCGGCAGCACAACCCGAGAUCCCGCCAGCCCCGCCGGUCAUUGAGCAUACAGGGCGAAACCUGACGAUUCUAGAGAAUUUCGACGAUCGGACCGCGCACAGCAAGAAGUUCAGCAUGUACUUUAAUGCAAAGAAGCCACCGCGAUUGACCAAAAUCUCCUCAUCGCUCUGCGUCAUCACAUCCCUGCCCUCCCGAUAUCGUGAUCCAGAGACUUCCCUUCCAUAUGCAAACUCCUACGCCUAUGGGCAGAUCCGCAAGAUGCUGUCGCAGGGAUACAUCUGGAGUUCGAUGCUAGGCUGUUUUGUCGCACCUGGCGGGAUUGCAGCGCGCGGCGUGCCGGAUCGGUUUCUCGGCAUAGAGACAAAGACAGGCGACGCCGAGAAGGAGAAGGAGAAAAAGCCGCAAGGUGGAUCCGCUGGUGAUUCCAAGGCUGAUCCGAUGGAGGUUGAUGCGAAGUGA